UGAUGAGAUAACGCGACUGUAGCUGAUAGCGAAGAAUUUAUUGAAAAAUUAGUUUCCACUUUAGUUGUGAGCCUUUAUUUUGCCGAGUGAAAACCACCGAUUAUUCUGUUGUGAAUUCCCCAAAAAAAAAAAAAACGUCAAAGUGUUGUGUGUGAAACGAUUGCCAAUCUAAGUCAUGCAUUUAUAAUGAAAAUGGAAUUAGAAGACUAUUCAUCGUUGAGUGAGAAGCAUACUGUAAACAAAAGCCUUUCCUCGGAUGAAGACGCUGAUCCACAUGUUAAUCUUUCAUACUCCGGAAGUUUGGGAAGUGAAAAUACGACAAUAGGUAGAAGAAACAAUCCCAAGAUCAGGAGCAUUCGAGUGGAAUCUGCAUACGUAAAGAAUACAAGACUUUCCAGAUAUCAAAAUGCUAUAUACGCAUCCAUACCAUUCCGAAAGCAAACAAUUAGAACUGAGGAGAUUAUCGUCGAUUCGGUUGGUUGUUUGUCAAAUGCAACUUUUGCGUGGGUACGAAAUUACCGCGUUGGAAGUGCGAUCGUUCAACAGCAGGUUCUACCGAAAUCUACAAGGACUGAUUGCUGUGAAGUGAAUGGAAAGAGACUUUCAGGCAUCUACAAAUAUGAGCACCAAACUCAUGGGAAAAGAGGGUCAAUGCUUCGAGUGGCAUGGAAAUUUUGUAGCACACGAGUGAUAAUUGCUACUUUGAUUCAUUUAUUUUCGAUCAUUUGUGCAUUGGGUCUUUGUAUUUUCACCAAACUUUGUUUAGAAUCGAUAGUUGAAAUGGAUGAGAGUAAGAAAAUUACGUCCAACAAUUCCGGGAAUACUACAUCAGGCGAUGUGAAUCAUGAUGGGGCGUUUAGAAAUGCAAUCUUGUAUUCCGCUGGAAUUGUUUUAUGUCUGUUCUUUUUCCACUUCUUCGAAAGUACGAGUUGUUGGAUUAAUUUGAGAACGGCCUCUCGAUUGCGUACAGCUUGCAUUGCUUCAACAUUUUCCAGAAUAAUAAAGAGUUCGAUUAUUUAUAAAAUAGCACCGCAUCAGCAUUUACUUUUAGCUACCGAAGAAGGCAAAUUAAUUUACGACAUGGUCAUGAAGGGAACCCAAUUCGUAUCAACAUUCAUCGGAAUCAUUUUAUUUCUGGGCGCCUCUAUAGUUCUGCUAGGAGUUCCAGGCAUGUGGCCUCUGUUCGGCAUAUUUGCAUUAUUUAUCGGAGUGACUGUGCUCUCAAAAAUGUCCUCCCAUUUCUAUCGAAGAUCCCUGCAAUAUUUGUGCUCAAAGUUAUCGCAAUUGGACGAAAAUAUAAAAACAUUUGAAAGUGUGAAGAUUUUGGAAAGUGAGGCGAUUUUGAGGAAAAUGAUUGCAUCCAGCAUAUCGCAUCAGUACAAUAACUUAUGCAAGUCAGAGUUUCUAGCGCCCAGGUUUGCUUUCGGGAUUUGGUCGUCGAUUCUUUUGGGUGGUUUGUAUUUGAAUUGGUGCGACACUGAUAUUCAAACGGAUACCGUACCGGUGCUCGUAUUGAUAAUCAUCUACGGUCACUACAUUCAGAUCUUACUCAUGCAAUGUUUCGAAGCAAUUGGAUCUAUUUUUCAAGGAAAGGGGUCCUUGGAUAAGAUAAAGAAUAUUUAUUCUAUCACCCAUCCUCAUCCGUCCAAAAGCAAACCGAAUCGAAACCUUCAAGUAUCUAUCCCACACGCUAUUUUUGAAUGGACAACUGAUCUACUGUUACAACCGUUGAAACGGAACAGUGAAAUGAUCAAAAUGAAUGGUUGUAAAAAGGACCUAGUUGUGGAAGACUUUUUCGUUCCAUUGAACCAAAUAAUUGGCAUCACCGGAUGUACCGACUCCGGCAAAACGUCAUUAUUGUACAGUAUUUUGGGACAUGUGCCAAUUAAAACCGGACAAAGUUUUAGACGAGGAAAAUUUGCAUUCUUUCCGAAAGAGCCGUAUGUGAGUACCGGUUCUGUUCGCGAUAACAUCACGUUUGGAACGGAUUUUGACAGCAUUCGUUACUACAAGGCAAUAUCGAUAAGUCGACUGUCGAACGAGAUAUGUUUUAGUGGGAACAAGGACGACUAUCCAAUCGAAUCGUUUCAUUUUAGCAAGGAACAAUUGGAGAGGAUAUGUUUCGCACGGGCAAUUUUUUGUGAUAGGGAAAUCAUAAUGCUUGAUGAACCACUCAGUUCUGUUAUGGACGAAAAGGAGAUUUGUGACAUCUUCCGACAAGCUGUUGAUUUUCUUGUUAAAGCUGGAAAAACAGUAAUCGUUUCUAGCCAAAAUCCAGGUCUCUUAGAGCAGUGUAACCGGAUCUACUUAGCGGAUGAUAGUGAAAUAACAAAAUGCAUGGAAUUCGAGGAGCUGCAGAUGACACCAGAAUACGACGACGUCACACAAGACUAUUAUAUGAAGAAAUUCAGACAGGAGAGUGUAAACUAUGUGUCGCUUCAAGAUGACGAUGAAGAUGAGAAAGACAAUUUAAAAAAUGUGGGCAGUUUACGAAUGAACGAAUUGUUGUCCUGUUGUCGGCGUUUCCUUUUAAUAAUUUUGCAUUUGCUCAAUGCCACAGCUUACCUAUUGUUACCGAUAGGCUUUGUUUACACAGUGUCGAGAGAAUUCAUCGACCCCUGGUUGACGUACAUUACAUUGGCCGUUAUAUCAUUCGUCUUUGUAACGGAUAUUUUGAUCAAAAAUAUCGUCCUGAAAGCUGGUCGCCACAAACUAAAGCAGACACAAAAGCAAUACCUGGACAAAUUUUUAAACAGUUCGAUAUGUGCGGUGAAGAAAAUAAAGUUUCUCGAGAUGCAAAAAUCCUUUACGUCGAACAAUCUGACGGUCUUCCAGAAUAUCUCUUCGUCGAUCAACUACAUCAUUCUUUCGAUCAUAACUGGUGGCCUAUUGAUAGCGUGCAAUUAUUGGACCGUUUUUGGUGUCGUGUUCACCAUAACUAUUUUCGUUGUUAUUUACUAUCGCUACCGAAAAACGAUCAUUCAUUACGGUAAAAUGGAGUACAAAUCCAAAAUGGAUAUGCAUGCGCGGGUGGACAAUCUAUUGGCUGGUAGGGCUGUAAUACAGUCAAUGGACAAGGUUGACACGUUCCGUUAUGAUUUUUACAACGAUACGGAAGUGAAUUCAACAGCCCUCUUCAUACGAACAUCAGUGAUGUGCUAUACCAAAUUCUUGAUGGCUUCGAGUACGACUGUUGGUUCGAUAAUGGUAAUUGCUGCAUUCCUUGCUAGUGCCACCACAAAACUGUACCAAUACUAUUUUUGUCUUGGCCUGUUCCUUUAUCUGACGUACUCGUAUAGCUUAAGUUGUUUGCUGGAAUCUUGGUUCAUCAAAGAUUACAACGAAGAAGUGUACACCACUGAAAAUCCUAAACUUGCGGUCACUAAAAGCUUUGAGAAUUCUGGGUCAGUUGUCCUGCAAAAGGAAGAUAUACCUGUGUCGAUAUCAUUCAAAGCGGUUACAAUCAAUCAUUACAACGAGAUGACUUUGAAAGUAAAGAACUUUUACGUUGAGAAAGCUGAAGUUGCUUGUAUUGAUGGACGAUCGUCGAAGUUUAUCAUACCGCUGUUGAUGAAAGAAAUCACUCAAACCAUCGGUAAUAUAUUUCUCAAUAAUUUCGAUAUUGCCACCCUUUCAUCGUCGUCCCUUCAACAUAAUAUGGGCAUUAUACCGAAAAAUCCACAAGUUUAUGGGGCAUCGAUCAGAACAUUUCUGAAUGUGAACAACACGGCAAUGAGCAACUUAUCGACUGUGAUGCAACGUUUUCACAUAUGGCAAGCGGUCUUAGACUUACCAAAAGAAAUGGAUGAACCAGUUAGCAAUCUGACUCAAGAUCAGCGACAGCUGUUGUGUAUGGCUAAAUUUUGGCUGAUGUUGAAACCGAUUUUAAUUGUUGAAAAUCCACAUCCGGACAUAAUCGAUAUAAUCGACGAGGUGAUUCCGGCGUAUUUUUCAAAUUCAACAGUCCUAAUCAUUGGCUCGAACUCUCUAUUGAAAUGUUGCAAGAAAUUUAUAAAUUUAGACGAAUAAAUGGAAUUUUCGUGUUUAGAACCUUG